AUGGCCAUAAUCAACCCCGAACCCGCGGCCCUCUCCGCCGAGGACCUGUCGCUCUUCUACACAACAGACGAGCUGCUCUCCAACUCCCCCGUGCUCAUCUUCUACGGACCGACAGCCACCUCGACACAGGCGACACAUUCGCGCAUCCAGACCCAUGUCUUCACACCGGCCGGUCUCCAGAGCUUCGCCCGUUUGAUCAUAUCGCCGACGGCCACAUACUACAACGCGGUAACAUGUCUGCCGCGCGAGGAACAGGGCGACGAGAUAUGUCGCGGUCUCGCCUUCAGCCUGUACAAGUACUUCCUCGAGUUGCCUUCGGAGAUCAAAAGCGCUUGGGAGAAGCGGUACAGCUCCUCCGAGAACCUGCCCAUGGCGCCUAGGCUGUUCUCCGAGGCACAUGCCGCCAUUGUCGCUGCCAGGAUGAUCAAGGUCGAGAAUGUCGCAGAUGUCAUAGUAGAUGUGCGCCAUGCUUUGGGCGAGCAGACGUUGUCAUGGAUAGACCUGGAUGUAGUCCUACCCCAGGGAAGCAUCCAGAAGCUAGAAUUGCGCGAGUCGGGCCAGUUUGAAGACCUUGAAGAAGAUCUCGCCAAACAGCGGUACGGACAGUACGCGCCCGUCGUCAAGCUAUUUGGAGAUGCCGCUUUCCUUCCCACGUCCAGACUCCGCCGUGCGCCCUCGAAACCCACCGCCCUCAACCGAUCGCAGUCCUUCUCAAGGAAACAAAAAGAGACUCUCCGGCGGGAGAUGUGCGAGCUUUUGGACACAGAAGAGAACUACGUGAGCAAGUUGGACGAGCUAGUCCACACCGUAGCCGUCGAGUUCCGUGAGAAGGCGAAACAGAAGUCAGGCUCGAGCUCUAGCCCCACCGAGCAGGCGCUACGAGGCUUGUUCCCUCCCAGUCUCGACAAAAUACUGGAAGUCAACUCCCAAUUUCUGGAUGCCAUACGUAUAAUCUUGGAGGAGUCGGAGAAUGGCGCGAUUGAAGAUAUCGAGACGGCGACAGACGACGUCUAUAUCGCACCGUUGCGUGGACAGAAGGACGCACCAGAUGUCACUGGAGCUGCCGCUGUUGCCAGGGCUCUUCUUGAGUGGCUACCACAGUUCGCCGAUUGUUAUACUGACUACAUGGCGGCCCACGGCGACUUCUCACAAUUACUAAAACAUUUCACGAAAGAACCAGCCUCCAGCUUCUCGAAGAGGGUCUACGAGACCGGUGAGCAGCGACUCACAUCUAUGCUCAUCGAGCCUGUCCAACGUCUACCCCGGUAUAAUCUGUACAUCGACAACAUCAUCAAGCAAUUGCCAGUCAGACAUCCUGCCAUCAAGUUAUUUCUAAAGGCGAGGGAUAUGAUCUCGGAUAUAUGCACUAGAGAAGGCCCUACAGCGGCGCAGAUCAGAGUGUUCGAUCGCUUGCGCAAGAUGGUUACUUCAUGGCCAUCCGGGUUCAACCCUAGAGGUCGACUCAUCUCAGUUAUUGAUUGUGUAGAGCUGUCUCCACCAUAUCAUGGAGAGUUGUCUGGACCCGCCACAGUUUCGGGCAUCAUGAUAAUCUUCACAGAUUUCUUGGUGCUACUUCAGAAGUCGGAAGACGGCUCGAUCAAUGCACGUGGCUUGCUCGCAGAGCUGGACAACCCAAAGUUCGCUGAAUCGUUUGAUGGUACUACGGAGCUCUCUUUCCACCAAUAUCUAAGUCUCAGCGAUGUCUUCAUUAGUGAGCACUCGGAAGGAAACAUCCUACAGCUUUUAUCGCCGGUACCGCUCGCCAACCAACCCGGACGACCGGGAAGUCGAGAACGUCAAAAGCUUGGCAUUCGUAUGUUUUACCUGCAGGGCGCCUAUGAGGGUAAAGGGCACAAGGUCACCGAAGAGCUUACCAAAGCUCGCGUUGAGGGCAGGUUUCCGGAAGCGGAGCGAGAUGGCGGCAAAUGGGACGUUCGAAAUCUGCCAGGCGAUCUGAGUUUCUUUUCAUCUGUGGCCGAAGAGACUGCUGGACAACACGUUGAAGGGCGCCGAGAACCUGCGAGAGUUCAGGUUCUAGUCGAAGGGUCAAAGUUCACUAAGCCCAUCCAAGUGGGCGACAACGGCGUUGAGCUUACUGUCACGAUCACCAUACUUGGAGACGGACUCUACUUGCUGGAGUCAAACGGUGCCAACGGCUACACGUCACGCGACAAACUGACCGACCAAGAGUUCCGACCUGUCCUCACGAAGCGACUCGCCAACUACUUCCAGUUACGCAAUAGUGUCAAGAACCACGUCCUAGCUGAAGCGUAUCUUCUCCGGAACAGGCAAAUACUCAAGUCACUUGCCCUGGAAAUGUAUGAAGCAGAACAACAAACAGGUAGCAAGAGCCGACCACACUCUCCAGUAAAGAUGCUGUCUAGUUUCUUCGGUGGCAGCGUGGGCAACUUCAGUGGCAGUAUCAACCGUGAAGGAGGGGGUUCUCGCAGGCUGCAGCGCAAUGCUCAUACGAUGGGAGAGGUACCGCGUAUGGCGCCUCCGGUUCAACUUGGGCCAAAUCGCACGCACAGUCAUGACGGAGAGAUGUCACGCCCCACCUCGUCCAGUACUACCAAGAGCAUUACCUACAACGGUACCGCGCCGACCGACCCCCUCGCGAAGCUCGAGGACACCUUGGCAAACCUGACUCUAGCAUUACAUGCACGCAAAGGCAACAUUGUUGGGCGUUCCGUCCGUGCUAGAGCCGUGGCAGAUGAGCUUGUCGUGAACGAGCUGUACAACACACUCCUGGAAAACCCUACCAACCUUGAACUUGCCGGUCAAUCCUCGGUGGAUGUUCUGUUCGCGGUGUUCGAGAAAUUCCUGAGCGUUGGCUGGAAAGAGAGAAUGGGUCCUGUGCUGUCGCAUGCCACGCUGGUCUCUUUGCAAAUGCGGUCAGACAGCAUGCCGCCUGAUGAGUUCGAGGAAUUUUUCAAAUACACUUUCGAUCAACUCCAACCUCCGAACCAACGAGCGUUCCGGGCAGUCAUCAAUCUCUUAGCUGAGCUGUUGGAUGGCACCAGUAAUGACGGUGACCGAGGUAUUCUCACUGCAGCAUUUGCCGAGAUGCUAGUGCCCGCCGGUAACGCAAACGACUUCAUCUCUCUCAUGGACCGCUUGGUACAAGAUAUCGACGCACUGUUCCCGCCCGAGACACCUGGGUUUAGUACCCCAAACUGGGGCUCUAUGGACUCCAAGAGUCGAUAUGCAGCAGCUGGCUCGCUCAACUCCAACACGUCAUUGAGGAAGCGUUUUGGGUUUGGUACCUUGGAACGAGAGAACAGCAAGUCAGAAAAGGAGUCCAAGGUAGGCUCGCUUUGGCGCUCUCUGAGCAAGAACAGCCACGGAACAGACCUCCAACCACCUAGCAUGGGAAGGUCUGGGUCUGGGCACCUUGGUCGUUCUAACUCCAUAGACGCUGCUGCUCGCCUAUCGCCGAAGCGUCCGUCGUCUCGCGAUCGUCCAACUGUUCUGGGUGCCUUCACGUUCGAGAACGCCAACUCAAAUUCGAACUCGAACUCGAACUCAAACGCAAACGCUAAUGGUCGGGGCUUCGUGGGCAAUCUUGGGACUAUUGGAGAGGUACCUCCCACUGCUGGGCCUCCCCGCAAGAAGCGCCGCUCUUCUUUGAGCGAUCUCAAGACGCUGCAGGAUGCUGACGAUGUGCCCGCGUGGUCCCCACAGACUCCUCGCAAAGCCGAUCCUUCACUACGCCACGAGAAUCGACAGAUUAGUGACUCACCCCUGACUCCUGCGGCCGCUACGAUGGCGCUGCACAAACACACGUCGUCGAUACCGACGCCAACGCGACUCGGCUCACCGUUGCGGGUAGAGAGGCCAGACAAGAAAGAGAACUUACCUGCUGUUGGUUUAGAGCGUCCAGCGCACGUAAGGGGGAAAUCGGUUACUAUGAGGCCAGAUAUCAUGGAUGAAGUCACUAUCAAGUCAAACAGUCCUACGAAGAAGCGAAGCGAGACUAUUUCCGGGUUGCCCAACCCCUUAAGUCUUCCAAGUAAUUCGGGUAUUCCAAGUCUAAGGCCAACUACGAGUGCGGGUCUACAUGAGCGUAAUGGGUCCGGCAACGCUGUCAAGCUGCCCCCUUCGACUCCGCGAUCUCCAACCAAACCAAGCACUCCCCUGACAGGGGGCUCUCCCAAGAAGUUGAGGAUGCAAUCACCGCAGAAACUGCGUGAGCGGCUCCAAACUCAGCAGCGUGACAUUGACACGGCUUCGCAAGCUCUGCAGAACGAGUUGAGCGCCAUUGGCCAAGAGCUGAGUGCUAGAAGCGCCCCGCGCCUGACGACGCAGAGCUCGGCUCCAUCACUGAUAACAGGUGGGACGGGAUCAAGGUCAGCAGAACAUCGCAUUGCCACUCUGGAGAAGCUCAAAGCCACAUUGGAUAAUCUCUCGGCACGCACAUCAGGAAUCUCCAACGAUGUCACUUCGUCGCUACAAGUAUCGGAAGCACGAUGCAAGCACCUGGAUCAGUUGUACCGUGACGUAAAUGCAGAGAACGAGGCACUAUACGCGCGCUUCAACGAAGAACUGGAGAAGGUGACCAGCAGUGCUCGCAAAGGAAGGGCUAGCGAAGAGGUGGAGCGACGAUUGAAGACGAGCGAGGAGGAACUUGCGCGCCUACGAAAAGAAAACGCACGAUUGAAGAGAGAGAACGCUGGUUUGAAGGCGCAAAUCAGAGAGCGGGAGCUCGAUAUUGACGAACUUAUACAGCGUAAUUAA